AGGUAAAAACACCAACAAUGGAAGUACCUAUUUUACAUAGUUCAUCACCAUUACGUAAAGCAAAACGUUUACAACGUCGUUGGUCUCGUCUUUUAUUUUCUCAAGUAUUAAAAACUUUAAAUAUUCAUAAAAAACUUUCAUUAAAAUUAAAUGAUCAUAAACAUACAUAUAAAAUUGAAUUUUAUUUUUAUGAAAAAUAUGGAAAAAAAAACAAUUAA